GGCGGGAUUAUCCGGGUCCUUGAAACUGUGGUUCUUCCCACCGACCCUCAGAGCGCUCUAGAAAGCUUGAGCCUACUGCGCAGGCGUCCUCCUAUCUCGCUGCGAUCUUGGCCUUGAGGUGAAUUAGCAGAGUUUUGAGGUUCGGUGCUUCUCUCUGUGCUUCCAGCACUUAAAGGAACUCAGUGCAGCCGUCAAGUCUUUGCUCUUCCCGCUUCUUCCCGUCCCUCAUCCUUUCCAAGACAAGAUUUUGACCUCCUGGGCAGCAAGCAAGUCUUCUGCGCCAAUAAAAGUAAGGCUCAUCGGCCACUCUCAACCAAGAAAUAUUUAUCAAGUAUAUUAUCUCUGUAAACAGUUGGUUUACGCUUGAGAAAAUCCCAGGUGAAAAAAAAAAUCAAGAUUGGCCUCCGCCCGAAGGGGACUCUUGACUGUGAUCAAGCACGGGUUAUAAUUUAGCAAGCCUGCUUGUUACCGGUUUUUAACACAGAUCGCCUGAGGCUGUGGCCUGAGAGUUAGGAGCCGGGCAGAGUUAACAGGGAAGCCAUGGAAGCAGCUGAGAAAGAGGAAAUCAGUGUUGAAGAUGAAGCAGUGUCUAAAACCAUUUUCAAAGACUGUGGCAAGAUUGCUUUCUACAGGCGGCAGAAACAGCAGCUCUCCAAGAAUGCCACCUACUGGGCUUCGUUAGGCUCAGUGGACACAGAACAGGACAGCACCAGGUUCCAAAUCAUUAGUGAAGCCACUAAGAUUCCUCUUGUGGCUGAAGUUUGUGGUAUAGAGAAGGACAUUUUCAGACUUAAGAUCAAUGAAGAAACUCCGCUGAAACCAAGGUAUGAAGUUCCUGAUGUCGUCAACAGCAAGCUAGAAACUGUCAGGCUGAUCUGCUCAGGGGACACAGGCAGCCUAAUACUGACAGAUAGAAAAGGAGAUCUGAAAUGUCAUAUCUCAGCAAACCCAUUCAAGAUCGAUUUGAUAUCUAAGAACGAGGCUAUGAUCAGCAUCAACUCCCUGGGAAAAUUAUACUUUGAGCACCUACAGAUUCCUCACAAGCACAGAGCUACCAAAGGAAAUGGACAAAAUACACCAGCUGACACCUCUCAGGAAGAUCAAGAGGACCUGGGCCUGUGGGAAGAAAAAUAUGGAAAAUUUGUGGAUGUCAAAGCUAAUGGCCCUUCCUCUGUUGGUUUGGAUUUCUCCCUUCAUGGAUUCGAACAUCUCUAUGGAAUCCCUCAACAUGCAGAGUCACACCAGCUUAAAAAUACCAAAGAUGGAGAUGCAUACCGUCUUUAUAAUCUGGACGUCUAUGGAUACCAAGUGCAUGACAAAAUGGGCAUAUAUGGUUCAGUGCCUUAUCUCUUGGCCCACAAACAGGGCAGGACUGUAGGCAUUUUCUGGCUGAAUGCCUCAGAAACACUAGUGGAAAUCAACACAGAGCCAGAAGUUGAGUACACACUGACCCAGAUGGGCUCAGCAGCUGCCAAGCAAAAGGUCCGGUGCCGAACUGAUGUGCACUGGAUGUCAGAGAGUGGGAUCAUUGAUGUUUUCCUACUGACAGGACCUACACCUGCUGACGUCUUCAAACAAUACUCGUAUAUCACAGGCACACAAGCCAUGCCCCCUCUUUUUUCCUUGGGGUACCACCAAUGUCGCUGGAACUAUGAAGAUGAACAAGAUGUGAAGGCAGUAGAUGCAGGUUUUGAUGAGCAUGACAUUCCAUAUGAUGUCAUGUGGCUGGACAUAGAGCACACUGAGGACAAGAAGUACUUCACCUGGGACAAAAAGAGAUUUGCAAACCCCAAAAGGAUGCAAGAGCUGCUCAGGAGCAAAAAACGCAAGCUUGUGGUUAUCAGUGACCCCCACAUCAAAGUGGAUCCUGACUACACAAUCUAUGCUCAAGCCAAAGAACAGGGCUUCUUUGUGAGGAAUCCAGAGGGUGGCAACUUCGAAGGAAUAUGUUGGCCUGGUCUCUCAUCUUACCUGGACUUCACCAACCCCAAGGUCAGAGAGUGGUAUUCCAGCCUUUUUGCUUUUCCUGUUUAUCAGGGAUCUACGGACAUCCUUUUUAUAUGGAAUGACAUGAAUGAGCCCUCAGUCUUCAGAGGGCCAGAGCUAACUAUGCAAAAGAAUGCUGUUCACUAUGGCAACUGGGAACAUAGAGAACUUCACAACAUCUAUGGGUUUUAUCAGCAAAUGGCUACUGCAGAAGGAUUGAUACAGCGAUCUAAGGGGAAGGAGAGACCCUUUGUUCUUUCGCGUUCCUUCUUUGCUGGAUCACAAAAGUAUGGUGCAGUGUGGACAGGAGACAACACAGCAGAAUGGAGCUAUCUGAAAAUCUCCAUCCCAAUGUUACUUACCCUCAGUGUCUCGGGGAUCUCCUUCUGUGGAGCUGAUGUGGGUGGCUUCAUUGGCAAUCCUGAGGAAGAGCUGCUAGUGCGUUGGUACCAGGCUGGAGCUUACCAGCCCUUCUUCCGUGGCCAUGCUACCAUGAACACCAAGCGGCGAGAACCCUGGCUGUUUGGGGAAGAAUACACUCAGCUGAUCCGGGAAGCCAUCAGAGAGCGCUACACCCUCCUGCCCUAUCUGUACUCUCUGUUCUACCAAGUGCACGUGUCUUCUCAGCCUGUCAUGAGGCCUCUGUGGGUCGAAUUUCCCGAUGACUUAGAGACUUUUGCUGUGGAAGAUGAAUACAUGCUGGGAAGUGCUUUGUUGGUUCAUCCAGUUACAGAACCACAGACCACCACGAUUGAUGUAUUCCUGCCAGGGCCAAAUGAGGUCUGGUACAACUCUAAGACAUUUGCAUAUUGGAAAGGAGGAUGUACUGUGAAGAUUCCAGUAACCUUGGAUACUAUCCCAGUGUUUCAGCGAGGUGGAAGUGUGGUACCAAUAAAGAUGGCUGUGGGGAAGUCCACCGGCUGGAUGGCUGACUCCCCAUAUGGGCUCCGGGUUGCCCUAAGCACUCAGGGUUCUGCUGUGGGAGAGCUGUAUCUCGAUGACGGCCAUUCAUUCCAGUACCUCCACCAGGACCAGUUCCUACACCGCAAGUUCUUAUUCUGCUCCAGGGUUCUGACCAACAGGUGUGCCGAUGAGAAGGGUCAUUACCCCAGCAAGUGUGUCGUGGAGCAGAUCUUGGUCUUAGGCCUUAGGAAGAAGCCAUCUUCUGUGACCACACACUCAUCUGAUGGUAAAGUUCAGCCUGCAGCUUUUACAUACUGUGCCAAAACAUCCACCCUGAGUCUGGAGAAGCUUUCUCUGAGCAUUGGUGAUGACUGGGAGGUCCAUGUCAGCUGAUACGCAGGUGCCCUGGUGAAGUACGGGAGCACCUGAUGCUCGACCUUCUUGGCUUUCUGCGAGAUCUGUGCUGCCAUCAAAUGUGCUUCCCUGGGGAAAGUGAUAUUUCACUUAUCUCUAGUGUACUGAUGACCAGUAAAUUUCAGGUUUUAAGAUUUUAGCCAGGUACAGUGGCCCACUCCUGUAAACCCAGCACCCAGAAAGCUGAAGCAAAAGGAUCAUGAGUUCAAGACCAGCUUAAGCUAUAUUGCAAGACCUUGUCUCAAAAAAAAAAAAAAAAAAUCAAAAAUAAGAUUUCAGAUUUUACAUUUAAAGAUGUAUUGUUGACACUGCACAAACACUGCUCUUCCCACAGACCCACAAUUCCCUGAGACUCUGAAAGAGCUCAGGGCGUGGCCUGACUUGGAGCAGGGAUACUCGAGAGGCCCUUUUGUGGGUUUGCCUUGGGCUGUAUAGCACACUUACUCUACAGAGCAGCAGAGUUGCCCAACCCAAUCUCCAAGUAGAUGGCAGUGCCUGGCACCUCAGGGGUACCAUCUACCAACAGCAGUGUGUGCAUGGCAGCCUCUGCCACAGACACUCUAUGGGCAAGGGCUGUGGAAAGUUCUUCUCCCCUGAGAGUGACUCCGGAACACAAGGAUAAGAUCCCCUUUCACGCUUCUUAGGUUCAAAAGAACCAAAUCAAUUCUCAAAGUCAGAUUUACUCCUUUUAGUUAUAUUUUAUUAAAUACUACCUACUAACUGAAGAAUAUUUGUAAAGUGAAUAUAAUGAACUAUAAUUAGUAAAAAUGAAAAAAAUACCCACAUCCCACAGGUGAACUUCAAAAAUAGAGCACAGGGCUGGGACUAAAAUAGUACAAGUGAUUGGCACUUGUCUUAGGCACGUCAUAUGUUAAUACACUGUCUUUAAAAAUCAAAAGGAAUGCAGAACCCACACAGGCUUAACAAAAAGCUUUAAAUAAAGACAACUCAGUACUACUGACUCUUCCUUUCACAUUAGGGUCCUAUAUGGCUUGGCAUGGGCUAGAAUAUUAUAGCACACUGGUGCAUUGUGAUGACCCUGGCUCUGGAGACCUAGAGACUCCCUGCUGUCUGCUCAGCAGUUGUUCUCAUUGCCUCAGCAGCAGAGCCUCUCACUACACUUCCCUUUCCUUAGCCACAGAACUGUCCCUUGCCUCCACCACACAGAUCUUACGAUCCUUCCAGACUCAACCCAAGCCCUACUUUUCCAUGAAAAGUUCUAACCUGACACCCCCAACCCCCAGUACCCACUGGUAGUGAUUUUACCUUUCUCUGAAAUGCUGUCUCACAAAUAAUUGUACCCUACUUUGCAUUCUCAGGGAUGUGCCUUAAUAUUUCAAGCAGGACUGUGUAUUUCCCUACUAGAAUGUAUGUUCCUUAAGAUCAUGUUACAUUUCUCUCGUACCUGUUAUACCACUGUGGUAGUUUGAAUGAAAAUGCCUGUCCCGCAUACCCACAUCUGUUUGAACAGUUGGUCCCCAGUGGGUGGUGCUGUUUGGGGAGGUUAUGAAGCUUUUAGGAGGUACAUCUUUGGUAGAGGAAGUAUGUCAUUGAUUGCAGGCUUUAAUCAGGUAUAGCCUCAUUCAGUUUCCUGUUUGCUUGCUCUGCUUCCUGUGUGCUGUUGAGAUGUGAUCUCUCAGCUACCUGCUUCUGCACUUGCUGUGAUGCCUUCCUUGCUGUCAUGUCUCCCUGUGGAACAUGAGCCAAAAUAAAGUCUUCUACAAGUU